GCUAUCCUACCGGGUAGAGAGUCACUGCAUGCGCUUUGUGAUGAAUCCUUGCAGCUGAAGUCCAUAUCAAAGGUAAACAUUGAUUGAAUAUGAACAGGAGUAUCAUUUUUGCAUGUCUUACUCUGGGGUUUGUGCUGUCAGUUAAUUCUGACAGAAUCGCCAAGUUACAGGGAGAUAUUCAUCUCGCUGGACUUUUCAAAAUAUUCAAUGAUGAGCAAUGCACCAAUGAGAUAGAUGCAAUGUCUGUUCGGAAUUUCGAGGCUGUUAAGUGGACAUUAAAGAAGUUAAAUGAGGCUGACUACGUGCCGGGCAUUACACUGGGUAUUGAGGGGUUCCCUACAUGCAACGUACAAGGACGAGCGUUAGAGCAUACAACUAGAAUAGUAAACAGAAACCUUCGUGAUCCAGCGGAUCACAUUUCAACUCCCGUUACAGGUUUAGUGGGCCCGGAACACAGCCACGAGGCCGUGGACACAUCGUUAUACAUAAGUUCACUGGGAGAAAACAACUUAAUUCUACAGACGCUCUUCUCCACGACCGCCUCAGCUCUCAGUGAUGGAUCUAAAUAUAGAAAUACACUCCGAGUCAUCCCCGAUGAUACUAAGCAAAUUUCGGUGAUUUUAUCUCUAAUGGAGAGUCUUGAAUGGAACUACGUUGGCGUUAUUUAUGAAAACAAUGAAUAUGGAGCUGGAAAUUAUGAAGGGUUUAAGGAACGGGCCAAGGCAAAAAAUGUAUGCAUUGCAUCUGCAUCUGCAAUAUCAAUGGAAAACGGUCUGGUAAAAUCACAGGAAGUACAGAAGAUUAUAGAGUCCGUAAAUAUUCAUACUGAAAGCCCAAUCACUGGAGUUAUUGUUUUUGCCUCCACUAAAACUGUCGAAGUGUUCCUGAACAUUGCAAAUAAACUAAAAAGUCAGUAUAGUUUUCGACUUGGAAUGAUAUUUUCCGAAGGGUCUUCCAAUAUGGGUACUGAAACAUUAAAUCAGUUUCCCAUUGCCAAGGGAUCCUUCUUUACAACUCCUCCUUGGAUAUCGUUUGACAAAUUUCGAGUACAUUGGUUGAAUAUUCUAACCAAUAAAACUGCUUUUAAUGAAGAAGUAUCCUCCAAUCCCUGGUUAGCUGAGAUUGUUGGAAAGUUCGUUUCCUGUGAUAUCCAGAGUUCUUCUUGUUCCAUGCCGACUCCUUCGAUUGUGAAAUCUGUAGUAGGUGACAAUGUAUUCGAAGGUUAUGCUAUUGUAUCCACGAUACUACAUGCCAAAGUACUGAGAGAUCUUCACCGUGAAUCGUGUGGAGGGAGUGCUGGGUUUUGCACCAGUUUUAACAACACAAUAUGGGAAAACACUCCUAAACUGAUAGAAUUGGGAAGAAAGUCGCAUAUCAAUUUAAAAGAAGAUAUUCCUGGUGCCUUAAGACAACCUUUGGAAUUUUACUUCAAUGGAACACCUGACACUAGUAUAGCUGGAAAUUUACCUGAAUAUGAGGUGUAUCACUUCCGGUAUUGCAUUUUCCAAAAUCAAGAAAUGUGCUUAGAGUUAGUUGGAAAUUACACAAAUUCCACAUUGGAUUUGGAGACAGAGUUACUGAGAGACUACACGGAGAACUCGGCUGGCUUAGCAUGGCCUAAUAUUAUAAAGGCUCAGUGUGGUGAUGAAAAGUUAUGUGACUCGUGUCAGAAUAGCAAUUUGGCAAAUGAAAUUAUUUUCAAGAAGGGCGACGUGUAUGUUGCUGCAGUGGUUCCCGUUUAUAAUAAGAAUACGUCUGAUCCUCUAAAGUGUGCUGAUAUUCGAACGUCUAAUGGAUGGGAGAUUGUAGAAGGAAUACGGUUUGCGGUGGAAACAGCUAACGAAAAGCAUGGUAGUUUUGCAAAACUUUUUGAGAAAAAGCAAAUUGGUUACAUCAUUUUCAAUAGCUGUAACCAACCUCUAUUGAUUGAAGAAAAACUUUUGAAGUUCUUUUCGGAAGGUAUACGUCUGUCAGACGGUUCUCAUAUCUCUGACCUUCAGAAACACAUUCUUGGAUUUGUAGCUGCAUAUGGUAGCAGCAUUAGCUUAGCAACAUCACCUGUUCUUCAGGAAUUCAAUUUUCCUCAAAUCAGUUACGCCUCGACUGCAGCUGUGUUAAGUGAUAGAUCUUCCCACAAAUAUUUUUUGCGAACAUGUACACCAGAUGACAAGCAAGCUGACGCAAUGAUAAACAUUGUUAAAACUCUCAACUCAUCAUAUAUCCAGAUUAUGUUCAGCAAGGGAACUUAUGGCGAAGGAGGAAGAGAUGCAAUAGUGAGCGCGGCCAAGAAAUCGAAAAUAUGUAUUGCAAACGAAAUUAAAGUCAAAGAAAAUCACUACGAAAGGAUACGUGAUGAUAUCAACAAAACUCCAUAUGCCACAGUUAUUCUCCUGUUUUUAAAAAGUCAUGUUGUAGAAGAUGUAAUGGUGGAACUGCAUGCAAAAAUAGAUCCGUGGCCAUACUUAUUGAUAGGUUCUGAGGCGUUUGGAACUCGAUCCGAUAUAAUAUCUGGGAAACCGAAGCUAGAGGGAACUAUAUCUUUGUCUCUCCAAAUGAAACCUUUAACUGGAACUUCUAAAUUUGAGAAAUAUCUGUACGAUAGACUUUUUGAAAUUCGUAAUGAUUUAAACCCCUGGACUAUGACAUAUUUUGAGAGAAAAAAAUCAUGCUUCCUUUCCGGCAGCUUUAACAAAGUGUCUGGCUCUCAAUGUACCGAUAUUAAGGAACCAUUCAACAACAAAGACUACCAACCGGAACUGUGGACGGCCUUCGCCAUCAACGCCAUGUUUUCACUUCUACAAGGGGCAAAUAAAUCUUUUGUUGAAUUGUGUGGAACUCAAUCUUCUGUAUUGUGCCAACAAUACAGAGAUUCACCGCAGAGAGUCUACGAUUUGAUAAAAAAUGAGAAGUUGGUUAUUGAUGACAGUGGGAUACCUUCCAGGGUGUUUAAUGAAAACGGUGAUGGUAAUAUAGGGUACAAAAUUUACCAAGUGCAGAGAAAAACCACGGAUACUGAUCAACUGAAAUUUGAAGAAAUAGGAAAGUUUACGUUAGACAAAGACGGUUAUUCCAUACACGAGAAGACAAUAAAGGACCCGUUUACGACUUUGCCAUCACGCUGUCCUAAUCCCCUGGAAUGUGACAAAUGCUCGGUUCAAUUCGGCGACCAAUCAACCAGUUCUCCAUCUAUAAGUGAAUCAAGUUCCACGGUAGCAGUAGCUCUCGGUGCGUUGUGUGGUGUUACGUUAUUAGUCCUAAUUGUUGUGAGCGUAAUACUGUUUAAAGUAUGUCGUGGAAACAAACGAUCUUCAGAUGACGACCCUUACCUGAAUCCACGAUUUUCGACCGCCCCGGAGACAGGCUCAGGCGACAGCGGAUACCACACCAAUCAAAUUCCUGGAGAACAAGGCCAAAAUCCCCAACUGUACAACCAGCAUUACAUACAACGUUCCAAUGCCACGUAUCAAGAAGAUUGAAUGGAUUACAUUGUUCCAUUCCAUUGUCGAGGUGAUGUAUAAUCUCAAUUUUAUUUGCAUGGUGCAUGUGUGUUGAUACGGAAACGAAAUCAUGUUUUGUUUAUUUUAUGCAUUUUUAUAACAGAUUAUUUGACGAUGUGCAUACUGUUACUACCACUCUACAGUGUACGUAUUGAGAAUUGACACAAAGGAGGAAGAUUUCAAAUUGAAAAUUUUGAAUCCAUUUCUACCUGCUCAAUGUCAUUUGCUUUACUGUUGAUUGGAUUUUACAGGAAUGGAUCAUAUUUAUCUUUAAGAUACACACACACACACACACACACACACACACACACACACACACACACACACACACACACACACACACAUAUAUAUAUAUAUAUAUAUAUAUAUAUAUAUAUAUAUAUAUAUAUAUAUCUUAAUAUUCACACACACACACACACACACACACACACAUACACACACACAUUUUAUUUGCUUUUGUCUAUUGCUUUACUAAUGAUAACAUUUGAAAGGAAUGGAUUAUGUUUAAUAGCAUGCAGUACUUUAAAAAUAUACUUGUCUUUUUUUCAUUUAAUCUAUGUCAAUGAGAGAGAGAGAGAGAGAGAGAGAGAGAGAGAGAGAGAGAGAGUUGUUUGAAAACAUACGAAAAUAUGUGACAUACAUGUAUUUGGUAUAUUUCUGUCAUCACUUAUCAGAUAAUUAUGUCGACUUCACCGAUAAUUAUGUUGACUAGCCGCUUAAUUAUAUCGACUUGUCGGGAAAAAAUCAUCGUUCAUAUUUUCUCACAAUCUUUUAAUUCUAAUAUGUUUAUUAGAUCUACUACACAUGUAGUUUAUGGCGUUUGCUGACAUUUACCUUCUGUCUAGAUAUCUGACAAGUCAACAUCACGAUCUUACAAGUAAAUGAUCAUUAUGUCGACUUGUGAGAACAUUAUAUUGACCAGGUCUUUAUGUUGAUAUGUCAGAUCUCUAUGCUGUUAAAUUCACGGUUUUUAAAAAAAAAAGUUUGUUCUUCAUUUUUUAUAUUAAACAUUAAAAAUAUUACUCAUUUAAAGUUGACACCCAAAAUUUGGACAUUGGUAAUGCAUGCAUAAGGGCAAUAUUUUAGCAUUAACGAUGUGUUACAUCUGUAUGUAAACAAAACUCCGGCCUUGUUUAUGUUGAUUUUGUAGUUGAAAGAAUUCUGAUUCUGCAGACAUAAUCGAAGUUUUAAAUGGCAUAUUUUUAUCUAAAAAUACUCAAAUUGUGAUAUAUACAUCUUAGACGUGAACCGAUAACCAUGCAUUUUCAAAACAUUGUAAACAAUAUCACACCUCACACUUUAGAGUAGAUUUUAGUCAUUAAAAGUGAAAAACACAAUUUUGAAGAAUAUAGUGAAUCAGUCCCUUCAAGUGCAAGACACACUUUGGGGGUGAAAGCAUUUUUAUUGUUACUUUUUAAAACUUUAUAUUAUAUGACAAGUGGCCAAAAUCAUAUGACAAGUCGGAAUAAUUAUCUGACAAGUUAUGAUAUAAAUAUGCCACUAUGAUUUAGUAUUGUUCGUCUCAAUGCAAUUCAUGUCCAGGCUGAAAACAAUAUAAGCUGUAUACCUUUGUUAUGUAAACGAUAUCAUCACAAAAUGACUUUCAAUUUUCAUUGAAGUUUAAUUUUGGGAGGUCAAAAGUCACCACACGCAUUGUGAAUUGAUACAGAGGAUACCUAAUUUGCAAUCCAUUCUCACUUGCUUUUCUCAUAUGCUUUUGUGAAUUUUUGACAAAUAUUUGGUAUUAUUAAUCUCAAUGUUAUUGUCCACGUCAAUGCUGAAGAAAAUAAGUAUUUUUCUAAAUAAAACUAUUUGAAAAUGUA